AUGGCUUCUAGUAGUCAACACGAUUUUGAUUUGAAUGAGCAAUAUGCUCAGAUUAGCUUGGAUGAUGAUGAGGAAGGAGUCUUGAUUGGGGGGGAUGAUGAGGCUGAAGAAGUUUUAUUUGAUGAUCGGUGGUGCUUGGUUGGAAAGUUUCUUACGGGAAGGCCGGUGGACUUUGAUGCGAUGAGGCAUUUGAUGGCGCCGCUUUGGCAACCGGGUAAGGGUGUUUUCAUCAAAGAAUUGGGUCCGAAUAGAUAUCUAUUCCAAUUCUUUCAUGAACUUGAUGUCCAAACUGUCAUAGAUGGCAGCCCUUGGACAUUUAAUCGGUGUCCCCUUGUGUUUCAUAGACUGAAGAAAGGAGAAGACCCGAAGGUAGUGCCAUUACACAAGAUAGACUUCUGGGUUCAGAUUCAUGAUCUGAAAUCGGGUUUCAUGUUGGAGAGGGUAGUUCGGAGUGCUGGUGGCUAUAUAGGUACGUAUAUAAAAUCUGAUCUGAAGAAUUUUAAUGGCAUUUGGCGAGAAUAUUUACGUGUUCGUACAACGGUUGAUAUUGCUAAGCCUCUAAAGAGAAGGAUGAAGCUUUGUAAGGAGAAUGGAGAGUGGAUUUGGGCAAACUUUAAAUAUGAACACCUUCCUACCUUUUGCUUUGUGUGUGGAAUUAUUGGACAUUCGGAACGUUCAUGUCCGAAACGAUUUGAACAAUCUGUUGAGCAGUUGGUGAAGCCGUACGGUGCUGCUAUGCGUGCGGAUAUGAGGAGGAAAAAUUAUCGUGUUGGCUCUCAAUGGCUUCGGACUGAUCUAGAUGGUGGAGCGGUGGUGGUGGUAGCGCCGGCCGUUCGAAUGGUGAUGAUACUGAAGUAA